CAAAGAGAAAACUUUGUUUAAUCUAAAACAUACAUUGUUACAGAUUAUAGUGUUUGGUUGUUGUUUUUUUUUAUUUGCAGAUUGCUUCUAAUAUAUAUGUUACGGGCAAAGUGCGAAAUGUCUUCCCAAUCCAAUGCACUAGCCAUUGUGCCAACGGAGUGCUUAUGAAAAAAAGGUUUAUGUCCACUUGAAUUGUUGUCCCUGACAAUUGACUUCACGUUGUGAUGUAUUUCAGCAAGAACGUCCUACUGUUGGCAGCGGCCUUUGUUUUAGUUGAUUCUCAAUUGAACAACGUCAGAGCUGACCCUUGUUCAACAUUGGAUAAUACAACUCUCUUAAUAGAUGGCAAAUGUUUUAAACUUUUCAACAUCCUUUUAAAUUGGCAAUCAGCACAAGACUAUUGCUAUCAAAACUUUUACGCCGGAACUUUGGCAGAACCAAUUACACAAAAGGAAAUGACAGGGGUGAAUAGUUUCGUGCAGUCUGCGAUAACUGGUAGUUAUUUGUUGGCAUGGAUUGGAGCGAAUGACAUUGCUCUCGAAGGCCAUUUUGUUUGGCCGUCUGAUAACAGUUCCAUGGUGCCAUACUUGUGGGGUUCAAAACCUCCGGACAACACCGAAAAUUCCAUUGCGACAGAGAACUGUGCUCAGAUAGCAGCUACGAAGAGCUUUACAUAUAUCAAUGAUGCCUUCUGUUCAUCUAGGAACGCGUUCAUUUGUCAGUCAGACCCGUGUGAUGCUUUUUUUUCUGGCUCUCUCUACGGAUAUGGCAAGUGUUACAAGUACUACAACUCAGCAGUGUCUUGGCAAAGUGCACAGGAAUAUUGUCUAAGUCUUAAUUCACACCUGGCAGAACCAGAGACAAGUCAAGUCCAAGAACUUCUGAAUGUCUACCUCUACAAUACAACCGCUUGGAUUGGAGGCAUCACUAUUAAUUGUAGCAAGUCGUUUCAAUGGUAUGUCAGUGGAAAUCUAGUUUCUGGUAACUUCAGUCGAUUUGUUGAAGGUAGCUGCCUUAACAAUAGUCUUCUGAUGAGCAACGUGGCAAAUAUUUCAUCAUUGAAAGCAAGAGAUGGCCAGGAAACUCAUGGAUUUGUCUGCCAAAAAGCUAUUAUUGCAACUGACCAGCAAGUGUACGUAGCUGUCUUCCCAAGACUCUUGAAGACAAGUUUACAAGGACUGCUUCAAGUGACCUCGAAAUUUAAUGACGUCGUUUAUGUCAGGUUCAAGGUUAAUAGCGAUGGCACUUCAGAUGCAUUAACUAUAAACCCUUUGACCCCAGGAACAGCUGUUAACUUCUAUGUGGAAAAUAAUAUUAUUCUUGGCUCGACAGGUAUCUAUACUCGCUAUGUCGAGGUCAACUCCAGUCAACCAGUGACUGUUGUCUUGUACAUAAUGGACCAAUCAACAAUCAGCUCCACCUUGCUGUACCCUAUCCAAAUGUAUUCUUUUCUAUCAGAGUCAUCCUAUUUGCCAUUAUCCACAUCUUUUUAUAACGCAUCAACAGCAUCUCUGACUGUAACAUCAAUGUCCAGUAAUUCAAAUCAUAUAAGUUUACUCUUCCACUCAGAAACACUUUCAGUUUGGAUUGGUAACAUGACCAUCUCUUUAAGUAUUGUUGAUAACAUGACAGCAGUUCUAGAGUCACUGUAUCAAACCUUAAAUAUAAACCUGCAGACAAAUCUUGAUGGAACUUACCUGUAUUCUACAGAACCUGUGAUUCUCACACUAGGAGGAACUGGGAUCCCGAUGGCUGCUGACACCACACUGGACGAUGUACUACCAAUGGCCUACAUUGGAAGCGACUACGUCAGUUUCCCAUUCAGAAUCCCGGACAGUGAAACACAUGUGCAGUUACAAGCAGUCAACAACUGGACACUCAUUACUGCCCUUUGCUCCAACAGGACAAUACUUCUAGACUAUGUUGGUGACACGUAUAGCUUCCUGCUAGACACAGCAUGUUAUAUUCGAGGAAACAGAAGUUUGUAUGUGUACCAGAUUCUAUCCAAACCUACAUACAGCCACCAAGAGUUAUGUGUAACAUCCCUGCUAGCAUCCAGUCACUGGAGAUAUGAGUAUACCUUUGCACAAGUUUCUGAUAUCUACACAGUCAAUAUUUAUAUUAUUGCUGAGGUCAACUCAUCCUCGGACAUAGUGACUAAUGACAUGUCAGUACAGUGGACAUGUCAAAAUAUUACUGGUACCAAUCUUUUAGGCUGUGAUACAACCUUACUUAGUCACGUGACAUACUUACAUAUCCAACUAGCCAAUACACAAAGCCGAUUUGGUGCGUAUGUGAUUGGCCAUGAGUCGACGUCAUCUUUUUGUCACCCAAUGGGGAUUAAGGAUGCAGCACAACCUUCAAACCUUGAACUGUUCCAACACAAGUCAUACUUGCAGUCUAUCAGAAACGGACGUCCAACUUCAUGUCAAGAAGAAAGGGACACAACUAGUGACUCUAGCUCCCAGUCCACCAUUACCGAGAUGAUCUACUCUACUCAGUCUCUUAACAUGACACCAGAAAUAACAACCAUCGCAGAUACAACCACACAGGAAAAGACAACCCUAACCACACAGACUCAGUCCAAUACCAGCUAUAAUGUAUCCACAAAGAGAACAUUGGGGAACUCCGUGACGACCCCGAUCAGCAGUAAAGCGGAAAUAGACGCCAUUGUUUCCUAUUUGACAUUAAACCAAUUGGAGCUGUCCUCUUACAAAAGAAGUCUGAUCUGUGCUCCAGACUCCAGGAGAUCUGCACAAGUGUGUGGGGGAACAGGGAUUAUCAUUCUGUCAUCUGUUCUCUUUAUGUUAGUCAUUUCCGACUUAGCAAAAGUUGUUAAAUAUUUUAUAGUGUUUUUGAGAUCACUUUAAAACCACAAAUAAAUUUAUAAAUAUUGAUAAC